AUGUUGAUUAUCGGACGUGCUGUCGGUGGUAUGGGCGGUUCGGGGAUGAUCAACGGCGCAUUGAAUAUUGUUGCUGGCGCGGUGCCGAUGCAAGGACGACCUCCAUUGAUCGGUAUUAUGAUGGGUGUCGGCCAAUUAGGGCUUGUUCUGGGUCCUCUCAUCGGCGGCGCCUUUACCACCUACUCUACCUGGCGAUGGUGCUUCUACAUCAACCUCCCCAUCGGCGGUCUCGUCGCCGUUCUCCUCAUCUUCACCAAAAUGCCCGAACAAGUCCCCAAACGCCCGCCGAUGGAAGUCUUCCGCGACAACUUCAUCCGCAAAUUCGACUUCCUCGGAUUCGCUCUCUUCGCGCCCGCCGCCAUUCAACUCCUCCUGGCCCUCCAAUACGGCGGACACGUGUAUUCAUGGAACAGCUCGCGCGUGAUCGGCCUAUUCUGCGGUUCCGGCGCGACUUUCAUCGUCUUCUUCCUCUGGGAGUGGCGCGAGGGCGACAACGCCAUGAUCCCGCUACGAAUCCUCGGUCGCCGUAUCGUCUGGACAUCCUGUAUUCUGUCGAUGAUGUUCUUCGGAAUGACCAUGGUACUGGCAUACUACCUGCCGAUCUACUUCCAGUCCGUGAGAGGCAGAACGGCCAUCAUGAGCGGUGUGGAUUUGUUGGCGAAUGUCAUUUCCCAGUUGAUUGCCGCUGUGGGAUCGGGCAUCCUGAUGGGUAAAAUCGGCUACUAUCUCCCCUGGGCAGUCGCUGGCGCUGUUAUAACCACCAUUGGUAACGGCCUUUUAACCACUCUUUCGCCGACGACAUCUACGGGUCGAUGGAUCGGAUAUCAAAUCCUUACCGGAUUUGGUCGUGGUAUUUGCAUGCAAGUCGUACGUUCCCUUCCCCAUGCCCAACAACCCCAAACACCUUAUCAAAUCCACCGAGUUAUAUACUAA